AUUUAAUGACAGACGUCAGGAAUGUAAACACAAUCAUUUCAGGAAAAUAAAUAAAUAAUAUUGUAAAAAAUUGCAAUUUGAAGGUAAUGGAUAAAAGCGAAGAAGACAUGGGCCCAAAAGAACAAAUUAUAUUUAAGCCUAAAAAACGGAAAAACCUGCGGCAAAAAAUUAAAGUCGAAGAAAGCGAUGAAGAAGACACCAGUGAAAUCAGUAACAAAUUAGGAGAUUUAAAAGAAGUACAGAACUUAAGAAAAAGGCCACAUGGUGUUAGUGUUAUUGGACUUGCAUUAGGAACCAAAAUUUCUGCAGUAGAUGAAGUUGUAGCAAAAGAUCCUUUCAAAGUACAAACUGGAGGUAUGGUUAAUAUGCAAGCACUAAAGUCAGGGAAAGUGAAGCAGGUUGAUGAUGCUUAUGACACAGGAAUAGGCACCCAAUUUUCUGUAGAAACAAAUAAGAGAGAUGAAGAUGAGGAAAUGAUGAGGUACAUUGAAGACGAAUUAUCUAAGAGAAAAGGUAAAGGAGAAAAGGAGGCAGAACAAGAACCUUCAGGAAAAAAGAAUUCCUAUUUGAGUCCAGAAGAGGCUGCUUUGCAAGCUGUGCCUGAACAUCUAAGAGAGUCAUCAGCAAAAAGGUCUGAAGAAAUGUUGUCAAAUCAAAUGCUUAGCGGCAUCCCAGAGGUGGACUUAGGUAUUGAAGCAAAAAUUAGGAAUAUUGAAGCAACUGAAGAAGCAAAAUUAAAGCUUUUUCGAGAAAAUCAAAAGAAAAAGGAUGGACCUUCACAGUUUGUUCCUACAAAUAUGGCUGUUAAUUUUGUUCAGCAUAAUAGAUUUAAUACAGAUCAAGGUGAACUGGCAAAGAAAAAGCGAAAACAGGAUGAAACACAAAUAAAUUCAAAGAAGAGGGAUGAAAAGGCUACAGACGAUUACCAUUUUGAAACUUUUAAGAAGCAAUUUAGAAGAUAAUAUUUUAGAUGUGCUAAUUUUAUUCUCAAAAUAUAAAUAUUGUGUUAUUUUUUUUAAUAA